AUGAUUGCCAAAAUCACCGCAAAGAGCCAAGUAGAGCAAUUGCUCGACCAGCACGAUACGUGGCUAUUCGACUGUGACGGUGUUCUGUGGCAUGGCUCUGAGCUCCUGCCCCAUGCGCUCGAGACAAUUGAGUUGUUACAGAAGCGAGGCAAGAAGCUCAUUUUCGUGACCAACAAUUCCACAAAAUCCCGAGCGACCUACCGGUUGAAAUUCGCCAAGCUUGGGUUCGAUGUGAGCGUCGACGAUAUUUUCUGUUCUGCGUAUUCUGCCGCCGUCUAUCUCGACAAGGUCAUUAAUUAUCCGAAAGAUAAAAAAGUCCUAGUGGUUGGCGAACAAGGAAUUGAGGACGAGCUGUCUGCGCUUGGUUAUAGCUCUGUGAUGGGGAGUGACCCCAAGUUCCGCCAAGACUAUUCCGAAGAGCUCAGUGCAACAGUUCGCCGUGAUCUCGAAGUCGGCUGCGUAUUGGCUGGCUUGGACACUCACAUCAAUUACUACAAGCUUGCAUAUGCCCAAGCUCAGCUGGAGGAUCCUGAAACGCUGUUCUUGGCGACAAAUAUCGACUCUACGUAUCCCUCGCACGGCCGGCUUUUCCCAGGAGCUGGAACCGUGAUUCAGGCUGUUGCUACGGCUUCUCGCCGUCAGCCCUCUGCUAGUCUUGGAAAGCCAAGCGAUACGAUGAUGGAUUGCAUCAAAGCACGAUUUGAGUUUGACCCUAAGCGGGCAAUUAUGGUGGGAGACCGAUUGAACACAGAUAUGGCUUUUGGUCGUCGUGGUGGUCUGUCGACCCUGCUUGUUCUGACCGGUGUUGAUACUGAAGCAGCAAUCGCCGACAGCGACGUGAAACCGGACUUUUUUGCGUCGAAAUUAGGUGAUCUCUAUGAGCUCCUCGAUUAA